GUUAAACUGCAAGCUCUACUUCCACUAUAGUAUAAUUGUACACAAACUGUGCUGCAGCUGUAGUUUGGAUAGAUUCCAACUGUACUCCAACUGUACUCCAGCUGUACUCCAACUGUACUCCAGCUGUACUCCAACUGUACUCCACCCGUACUCCAGCUGUACUCCAAUUUUUUUUUGAAGUAGAGUGAGUCUCGCUUUUUCCCCCUUGAUACUCACACCCACACCCCACCCACACCCACACCCACACCCACACCCACACCCACACCCUUACUUUAAUUUGUUUUAUUAUAUAAAUAUAUAAAUAAUUGAUAAAAUAAGAUAAUAUAUCAAAUGUAAAAUUAAAAAUCAAUAUGAUAAAUAUGUUUUUAAUAUAUAUUAAUAUAAAACAAAUUGAAUCCAGUAUUUGUCGAAAUUUCAAUGAAAGUAAGAGAGAUAAUUAAUAAAUAAAAUAAAAAUUGAAAAAAAAAAUUUUCAUAAAUAAAUAUAGAAUAUAAUUGUUCAAAAUAUAAAAAUGAUUCUGAAAUAAUAAAAUCGUUUCCAUAUAUAAUACAUAUAAAUUCAUAUCUUCAAUAUUCAACAAAGACAUAUGCAUUAAGUAAUGAUAAUAAAUAUAUUUAUUAUAUGAAUAUAGCUUAUCAAAUAUAUAUUCCAUCAAGUAUUUUUUGUUUUAAAUAUUUAUCAAAAUUAGAAAUUCGUAAUACAAGUUUUUGUUAUAUUGAUAAAGAGUUUCAAUUCGAAAUAAAUAAUUAUUCAUCAUCAAUUAUUCAUUUAGCGAUUUAUGAUACAAUAAUUAAUUAUCUAUCAGAAAAUAUUGUUAAAUUAAAUCGUCUUAAAACAUUAGAAUUAUCAAAUAUUAAUUUAAUGUCAUUACCAAAUUCAAUUCGAAAUUUAUCUUCAUUAAAUUUUUUAUCAUUACCUUAUAAUAAAUUAGAAACUUUACCAUCAACAAUUAAAAAUCUUAAAUAUUUAUCAAACAUAAAUUUAAAAAGAAACGAAAAACUUUCUUCAAUAGAAUCAUUAAAUGGUCUUAAAUCUCUUGAAAUAUUAGAUGCUCGACACUGUUCAAUUCAACAUCUUCUUCUUCAUUUAUCUGAUUUAACUAAUUUAUAUAUGACAAAUAAUUAUCGUACUGAUCUUUAUGGAAUUAAAACAUUAGGUUAUGAUAAUAAUUCGAAAAAAUAUUUUUAUUUUGAUUAUUAUUUUAUCCAAUUAAUUCCAUUAAAUAUUUUUUAUGUUAAAAAUCUUUAUUGGUUAAAUCUUAAUUAUAAUCGAUUAGAUAAUUUACCUAUGACCAUUUUUAAUAUAAAUACACUUUCAUAUUUAUACAUUCCACAUAAUAAUUUUUGUCAUGGAGAACUAAAAUCAAUUGCUUAUCAUUUCAAACAUACAAAUCCCAAUUUAAAAUUAUUUUAUCUUAAUAAAUUCCAAUCACUAAAACCUUGUUCAACCUAA